GUUCAUUUGAAACUAGCCGCAGUUUAUGACGAUUCGUUUCAUGGGAUGUUGGAAGCGUGAGGCGCGUAAAAUGCACAUCAAGCAUAGCUAAAGCAUAUAAAGCCCGUAUGACUCCGUGGUCGUUGUCAUAAGAGGAUUUUACAUCAUUUAGGCUCGCCGGUUGUUUACCGUUCUGUAAAUGGAAGAUGACGACCCGCCACCGGAGCUUACCGCGCUGCAUAUGUCACUCAGCUGCCAGAUAUGCAAGGAGCUUAUGGAGGGGCCUAUCACUACGUCAUGUGGGCACUCCUUCUGCUCGGCAUGCAUUCGGAGCAGCUUGGACUUCUGUCGAUCACAAAAUCAGAAGACGACUUGCCCGUCUUGCCGUAAGGACUGCGACCCUAAGGACUUGCGGCCCUCAGCUGCUAUACGCCAGGCCGUGGCUGCAUUCCCAGCAGCCACAGCAGCCGUGAAAGCCAACACCGAGCGACUAGCCGCAGCUGAGCAGGAGAUCGCCAUUCUUCGAGAAGCUGUUAAAGCAAACGUCCGCUGCGCUGCUGCAGCAGCAGCGGCAGCACACGAAGCGGCUCCUGUUGCUGCACCGGCAACGGUGACGGGACCGGUGCCUGGUCCAAAUGCGCAGAUCACCGAAUCACAUUAUGAUGUCGAGCCUGCCGGUAACGACAAGGGCAGGGAUGCUGCCGCCACAACAGCGACACUGUCAGUGUCAGCGGCGCAUGCAGCGAAGGACGAAGUGGCCCAGGGCGUUGAGGAACACGCACAAGAGGCUUCAGUCGCACAUCAGCAGCAGCAGCUCACGCCGGCAGCAGUAGGGGUCAAACGCCGCCGUGGACGGCCCCCCGGCAAGCGCUCAGCUGCCAUCAUUUCCGUCGACAGCAACAAACGCAGCCGCACGGAGCUCCGUGCCAACGACUUCGUCGAUUCCGACGAGGACUUCCUAGCAGACGACGUUGCGGAGGCGGAGGAUGACGGCGAUGAUGACGAGGAUUACCGCCCGAGCCCCAGCGUCAGCGAUCUCCGCGGCGGUCGGAACACCCGACAACGUACGGCAGCAGCAGCGGCUGCAGCAGCGGGUUCCACGCCGCACGCCUCGGGGCAGCAGCGCUCCUCGCGGCGGACUAGGAGGGGAGCUCCCGUACCCUCGGGUGCAGAGGCUGAGGCCAACGGCAUCCACGGCGACGGCGAUGCUAGCAUGGAGGAUGUGGACGGGCCGUCAGGAGAAGCCGCGGCGGGCAUGGGCGCGGGCGCAGCGCCCGUAGCGCCCACUCGGCCAAACACGGCCGGUCGCACUGGCACUGAAACCGCAGCCACAGCCGCAGCGGCGGCAGCCGAUAUGGGUGCUGCUGGCAGUGGCCCCCCGGCAGCGGCGGCAGGGACAGUGCGGAGAGAGGGUGCGGGCGCCCCUAACACCGAGGCGCCUGCGGACGGCAAGGGGGAGUGUCCGCUGUGCAAUGCUCGCUUCCCCAUGUCGCAGCUGGAGGCGCAUGUGGAGCUGUGUCUCGCGUGGACCAGCACCAAGGUGCGAGGUAGCAGCGGCGGGGGCGCCGGGAACGACAGCGGCGGAGGUCAGGCCCUUGCACAUGCUGGGGCAGCAGCGGGAGGCAGAGGCGGCUUUGGCGGCCUAGGUCGUGCAGGCGGUGGGGGCGGAGGCGUGGCGGCAGCGGGAGGCCUGCGGUUGCGGGGGUCGGCCGGAGGAGGAAGCGGUGGUGGUGCUCCGGGCGGGGAGGAGCGGCCGCCGACGGAUGUGAAGAUCCCGCCUUCGCGGGUGUUUCACGUGGUGAAGGAUAAGGUGGCCAGGACGUUUCUCCAGGAGUGGGGCUUGCCGACACACGGCAGCAAGCAGGAGAUGGCUGAUCGCUACACCCGCUACCGCAGCUUCCUGCAGACGGAGCGGGACAAGGCCACCACGCUGUCCAUGGAGGCGCUGCUGGCAGCGUUCCUGGCCAGGGAGAGGCAGCUGGAGGCCAACAGGAGGUUGCCCCCAUCGGCCCCCUCCUGGGCCAUCAGAAGCAUCCAGGCAGCAACCGAGCAGAUCAACAGACCCAACAGGCGGCCGACACCACCCACCGCACCGCACAACAACAACAACAACAACCACCCAGCCGCACCUGCGCCGGACUCUGCCCCGACUGCAGCCCCGGCCCUUGCCCCGGCCUCAGCCCCAGCCGCUGCCGCUGCCCCAGCAGUCGACACAGCAGCGGCAGCAGCACCCGGGGAUGUAGCCGCAGCAGCACCCGUUAUGGCACCGGUAGCUCCGGCAGCAGUGACGGCGGGUCGAGGAGAGGAGCUGGGCCAUCUGGUUGGCACCGCCGCUAGAGGAGGGGGCCAGGGAGCGGAGAUGACCCAUGGGUCAGAGACGGAGGGAAUGGAGGCAGAGGCAGAUGAGGAGCCCCGCAGAGGAGCGGUGGAUGCGGCUCAAGGUGAGCAGCAGGAGCAGGCGGAAGGGGCAGCUGGCGGCAGGGGCGGGCGUGCGGGGCCCGGGUUAGCAGUGGGAGGUGCCACACCGGAGGUGAUUACCAUUGACGACUCUUCGUCGUCAGGAAUGGAUGAGGAGGAGCAGGUGGAUAGAGAGGUUGGCGGUGGGGCGCAGCGCAGCGAGAGGGGACUUUCCAUUAGCCGCGGUUCUCCGGGCACUGGCAACAAUGAGAAUGCGGUUGGUAGCGAGUACACGGACAGGGUUUCUGGGGCGUGCAGUGAUGGCAGUGAUGAGGGGGGCGGGGCAGCAGCAGCAGGUAGCUCGCGGGAUGGUGCGGCGGCGGCGGCGGCGGCGGAGGAGAGGUCGGCCCCGGGUAGUGGUGCGUACGGCGGCAGGGCAGGUGCACCCCCGCCGCCCCAGCAGCAGCGGCAUCAGCAACAGGAGGACCCGGACCCCCACCUGCCCGAGGGCCGCAACGCCGGUGACGGCGGCGGCAGCUCCCCUGACGCAUGCGGCGACAGCAGCGGCGGAGGCUAUCUCGGCAAUCGCGGUGGCAUUGAGGGGCGGCAGGAGGCAGCUGAAGGCGAUGCCGCGUUGGCGGAAGAGGGGCAUGUUUCCUGGAUAGCAGCAAGGGCCCAUCCCAACCUCAGACGUCUGCCGCCGCAACCACUUUAUUAUCAUGGCCCGCAACAACCGCAACUGCCGCCUGUUGCCGUACAGUUGCCCCCGCAAGCGCUGGCGGCGCUAGCACCGGCGCUGGCGGCAGCGGGGCCACCGCAACUGGCACCUUCUUGGCUGCUGCACUCCUCCUCCGCUGCCGUGGGAAGCACACCACACCACCAGCACCAACCCCGCCAGUCCCACCAACAGUCCCACCACGAGCGGGGGCCUAGCGGGCAAAACCCGGGUCAGCAACUCCAACAGCCACCGCCAC